CUUUCUGUAAUUUACUGUUAAUUCAUCCAGUUAACUCGAAAACUUUUACAGCCACCAUGGCCGCGCUAAUCCGGCGAGCCGCCUCAAACCUCCGUUCAAUCUCCAACAACCGCCGUCGUCUCAUCUUCUCAUUUGCAAAUUAUCGGUUAGAAGAAACCGGUUUAUAUGGAUGUAAUCAUUUGAAAACCCCUAAAGGCUUCCAACGUAUCGUUGAUGAUGCCAUUGAAAGGUCUAAUGAACUAGUUGGAUUUAUUUCUGGAAUGCCGUCGUCUAUCGAAUGUGUUAAUGCUAUGGAUGAAAUUUCGAAUACCUUAUGUCAAGUUGUGGAUUCUGCAGAACUUUGUAGAAAUACGCAUCCAGACAGGGAAUAUGUUGAAGAGGCAUUGAAAGCGUCGAUGAGGAUAAAUGAAUAUCUACAUUAUCUGAACACAAAUCUUGCCCUAUACAAUGCGAUGGUGAAAGCUGACAAAGAUGAAUCUUUGACGGGAGAGGAAGCUAAAAGAAUUGCUCAUGAUCUGCGCAUUGAUUUUGAGAAGGGUGGAAUUCAUUUAUGUGCAGAAAAGAAAGAUCGGGUGAGUCAGCUAAAUGUUGAAAUCGCUAAAUGCUGUGCACAGUUUAAUGAAAAUAUAGCCAAAGAGCCAGGUCAUGUGGAUGUUUAUCCAGCAUCGCGUAUACCGAGGAACUUACAUCAUCUUGUUAAGCCUGUUAAUCGUCCCACUUCACAUGGUUCAAGAGCUAACUUCAGAGAAAAAGGGUUCCGAAUUGUAACAGAACCAAGCACUGUACCCACUGUUUUACAAUGGACAUCUGAUGAUGAGGUUAGAAAAUUGGUGUAUAUUCAAAACCAUUCUGUACCACGUGCAAAUCUUGCUGUUCUUGAUAAGCUAAUUGCUUCACGCCAUGAACUUUCUCAGAUAAUGGGGUAUAACUCAUUUGCUGACUAUGCCUUGAAUACAAAUAUGGCUUCAUCACCAGGUGUUGUAUCAUCCUUUUUACUUGAACUGAGUAAAACUGUACAGGCAAAGGCAGUUGAGGAGUUUGAAUCUAUGCGGGACUUCAAAAGGAGAAAAUAUGGCCAGCAAGAUCUAGAAUUAGAACCAUGGGAUGAAGCAUACUUCACAAGAUGUAUGAAAUCAUCUGCUUACAACUUGGACUUCUCGGUUAUCACAUCAUUUUUUUCUUUAUCACAAUGUAUUGAGGGUCUUAAAUUUCUGGUUGAAUCCUUGUUUGGCAUGAAGUUUGUUGAUGCUCCUCUUGCACCUGGUGAAUCAUGGCACCCGGAUGUGCUGAAGAUGGCCCUUCAUCAUCCUAAUGAGGGUGAUUUGGGGUAUAUAUACCUCGAUCUCAAUUAUAGAUCGGGUAAGUAUCCUGGUUGUGCUCAUUUUACCAUCAGGGGAGGGCGCAGACUUUCCAAAACAGAAUACCAGCUGCCAGUCAUAGCCCUUAUUUGCAAUUUUUCAAAACCACAUAAGUCAGCAGUUGCAAUGCUUAACCACGCUGAUGUAGAUACCCUUUUCCAUGAAUUUGGACAUGCUCUUCAUUCGUUGCUUUCACGAACGGAUUAUCAACAUUUUUCAGGUACCAGAGUAGCUUUUGAUAUGGCUGAAACCCCUUCAAACCUUUUUGAAUACUAUGCAUGGGAUUAUCGAGUUUUGAAGAAUUUUGCCAAGCAUUAUUCAACUGGUGAUAUCAUUCCUGAGAAACUCGUCAAGUCAAUGCAGGGAGCCAAAAAGAUGUUUUCAGCGAUGGAAAUGCAGCAGCAGAUAUUAUAUGCAUUGGCCGACCUAACUCUAUAUGGUGAGCAGACAUUAUCACCGAUUGAUACUACCUCAAUUGUGGCGGAUUUGAGAGAACAGCAUACCAAUUGGAAACAUGUCGAGGGUACACAUUGGCAAACACGAUUUAGUCACCUACUAUAUUAUGGUGCAGGCUAUUAUAGCUACUUGUAUGCCAAAUGCUUUGCGUCAACCAUUUGGGAAAGAGUAUGCAAGGACGACCCAGUAUCAUUAGAGACGGGUACCGCUAUCAGAACAAAAUUCCUACAGCAAGGGGGAGCCAAAGACGCUGACCUGUUGCUAAAUGAUCUUGCUGGAAAUGGGAUUACAAGGCAUCAAAAUGGAGGUAUAGUUCCAGAUAUUACAAGCCUCUGUAAUGAAAUGAAGCUGAGGAGAUGAUAGGAAAGUAGCACAAGUAUUAAAGCAGCAAAAAUUGUGAGAAAGUACUCAAACUAACGUGAUUUAAGAAUUGAGAAAAAAAUCAGGCACCAUAUAGGUUGGACCAUAUGGUGUGAAGCUAACGUGAUUCAAGAACCAGGGUUUAUUAAUUUUUGUUUCAUUAGGUAGUACUAAGUUAUAUCAAUUGUAUUAUUCAAUAAAACAAUAUAUGUUGUGCUAUAUAGUUCUGUGUUCUGCUACCAAUUAAUACUCAGGUGCGGUAACAAGCCUUCUUAUAAUUGCAAUUUUUUUGAGCUUCCUACA